AUGGGCAAGCGCAAGACGGAAGAAGCCAAUGGCGUCGAGGCCACAUCCAAUAAGCGGCGGCGCGACGAGGCCGAGGUCGGAAAUGUCGAGAUUACCGACGCCGCCAAGUCAGAGAAGAAGAGGUUAAAGAAGGAAAAGAAGGAAAAGAAAAAGGCAGAGGACACGGCGGUGAACAACGAGGAGGGCGCAGACGAUGGCGAGGAGCAACAGCAGCAGCAGCAGAAGAAGAAGGAUAAGAAGGUGAAGAAGCAGAAGAAGGAGAAGGCCGAGGAGGAGCAGGAGGAGCAAGUCGCCCCUGUUGUCGACGCAGCAGAGUCGGACAAGAAGAAGAAGAAGAAGGACAAGAAGAGCAAAAAGGAAAGCAAGGCCAAGUCGGGAGACAGCGCCGCAGACGGCCAGGGUGACGAAGAGGAGCCCAAAAAGAAGAGGAAGCGGGAUACCGAGGAGGCCAGCGCCAUAGACGACGGCAACCAAAAGUCCGACGAGAAGAAGAAGAAGAAGAACAAGGACGGCAAGAAGAGCAAAAAGAACAGCAAGGAGUCGGCGACAGACAGUAACGGCACCAACGGCGACGCACAAGGAGGAGCAGAAGAAGGAGACGAGGAGCAGCAGGCCGCCGGCAAGAACGCGCGCUUCAUCGUCUUUGUCGGCAACCUCCCAUUCACGGCGACCAAGGAGCACAUCGAGGCGCACUUUGCCAGCCUCAAGCCCACGUCGGUGCGGCUGCUCACCGACAGGAACGACCCCAAGAAGUCGCGCGGCAUAGCCUUUGUCGAAUUUGACAACUACAGCCACAUGAAGACUUGCCUUGCCAAGAUGCACCACUCUGAGUUUGAGGAUGGCUUGUCGGCGCCGAGGAAGAUCAAUGUCGAGUUGACUGCCGGUGGCGGCGGCAAGACCCCGUUCCGCAACGAAAAGAUCAGGGCAAAGAACGACAAGCUACGCGAGGAACGCGCUCGCAGGAUGAAGGCCGAACUCGAGGCCAAGCACAAGGAGGACGAGCAAGAUGGGAUCCAUCCUAGUCGGAGGGCCCAGAUGCAUCGGAACCAACAGGCCGAUGCACAAUGAGAGUAGCACAUGAGUUUCUUGGGGGGUCAGACUUUAUAUGACAAAACUAAAAAAAAUAAAAAAAAUAAAAAAUAAUUGCAUAAAAAACCACGUCCUCAUUUUUCCCACAUUUGACUACUACCCAGUCCCCUUCUGCGCUUAGCCUGUUCUCAGUACUGUUUUUUUUCUCUUUUCUUUCUGGAUU